CGCAAAAUAGUUUUUAAUUUUUGACUUUUAUUAAUUUGUUUAUACAAACUCAUCUCAAACUGCAAGAUGAAUUAACGGCCACAAAUGGCUUCUUCCUUUACCUCCAACACUCUGCAACGGCGGGAAAUCAUCUCUUCUUCUUUCUGUAAGUGUUUCUCAAUUUCUACAAUUUCUCCUCUUCCCAAUUCUUUUACAUUUUCAUCUUCCAAACGCCCCAUUGCAUUAAAGUUCGCUCCUUUCAUUUUGGUUAUAACACCUGUAACUGCUAUUAGCCCUGUCAAAAGUAGAAUUUUUUCUAGCUUAGACUAUAAUUCCUCAACCAAUACUGUUAAAUUUCGACGUUUUACUGAAAAUUUGGGUGCUGGGUAUUCAUCCUCUUCUAAAUUUGACGAAGAGAGGAUUGUAGAUAGGAAGAAUGGAGGUGGGUUUUCAAAGAACAGUAGAAAAAGUAGGAAUUGCGAUGAAAAAAUUAAUUUUGGGAAAAGAAGUGAGAAAGGGUCUGAAAAUUCUUCAGCUAAGACGGUUUAUAGAAGGGAAGAGAGAAAAAUGGAGGGAGUUUUGGGGAAAGUUGCUAUAAAUAGUAAUGGGAAUGUUAGGAGAGAGUUAAAGGAUAUUAGGCAUGAUGCUAAAAAGGGUGAGCUGAUUUCUUCUAAAUGGGUUAAAGAAUCGAAUUCAAAGAUUGUUGAUGGAAAUGUAAGUACAGAAUUCAUUAAAGAAGGUGGUAAUUCUAAAGGGAAGGUAAAGAAGAAGGAGAAGUCUAAGAAGAAUAAGGUAAAUUCACCUGAAUUUGAGCUGAGGGUUGGAUUGGAUAUGUGUUCUAAAAAGGGGGAUGUUAUGGGUGCCAUAUCACGGUAUGAUUCGGCUGUUAAGCAAGGUGUGAGGAUGGGGCAAUACCCUUAUACUGUGCUUUUGUAUUUGUGUUCUUCUGCUGCAAUGGGGGUUAUUCGACCCGCAAAAAGUGGUAAGGAUAGUAGGAGUUUAGAUACAAUUGCACAGAAAAACUCGGACGAGGAAAAUGAAUCCGAUGAGGAAGAUGAUUAUGAGGAUGAUGAUAAAUCUUUUAAAAUUCAGGGUAGGAAAGAUGAAACUCUAAAAUUAGAGGUAAAUGAGAUUAGGGUUAGUGAUGAUGUAAAGAAGUAUGCCCUUGAAAAAGGGUUCGAAGUUUAUGAAAGAAUGUGCUUGGAUAAGGUUCAAAUGAAUGAGGCUGCCUUAACUUCAGUUGCUAGAAUGGCAAUGGCUAUGGGAGAUGGUGAUAAGGCUUUUGAUAUGGUAAAGCAAAUGAAAUCAAUGGGGUUAAGUCCGAAGUUGAGGUCUUAUGGUCCUGCUUUAUCAGUUUUCUCCAGCAAUGGGAAAAUCGAUAAAGCCUUUGCUGUUGAAGAGCACAUGUUGGAGAACGGUGUUUAUCCCGAAGAACCUGAAUUGGAGGCGCUUUUAAGAGUAAGUGUUGAAACUGGUAAAAGUGAUCGAGUUUAUUAUGUGUUGCAAAAACUUAGAACAAAUGUGAGGUCUGUCUCACCUGCUACUGCUGAGUUGAUUGAAAAGUGGUUUAAAAGCAAAGCAUCAUCAAGAAUUGGGAAACGAAAAUGGGAUCACGAUGUCAUUGCUCAAACGAUGGAAAAAGUUGGUGGUGGGUGGCAUGGAAAGGGAUGGUUAGGUAGAGGAAAAUGGAGCGUCUCACGAACUACAAUUACUCGUGAUGGUUUAUGUAAAUGUUGUGGGGAAAAGUUGGCCUUGAUUGACUUGGAUCCCGAAGAAACGGAGAGAUUUGCUGAAUCGGUUGCAGCAAUAGCAAUAAAGAGAGACAAGAACUCAAGCUUUCAGAAGUUUCAAAGGUGGUUAGACUAUUAUGGUCCAUUUGAAGCUGUUGUAGAUGCCGCUAAUGUUGGUCUAUUCAGUCAGCGGAAGUUUAAACCCUCAAAGGUCAAUGUUGUUGUCAAUGGUAUUCGCGAAAUGCUUCCUUCAAUGAAAUGGCCGCUUAUCAUUUUGCACAAUAGGCGAGUUACUGGAGGCAAGCUAGACAAGCCGAUAGAUAAAGACUUAGUAGAAAAGUGGAGAAAUGCUGAUGCGCUUUAUGCAACACCAACUGGAUCAAAUGAUGAUUGGUACUGGUUGUAUGCCUCUAUAAAGUUUAAGUGUCUACUUGUGACUAACGAUGAGAUGAGAGAUCAUACAUUUCAACUCCUUGGAAAUGAUUUUUUUCCAAAAUGGAAAGAAAGGCACCAGGUUCGGUUUAGCUUCUCAGAACUUGGUCCUGUCUUUCAUAUGCCACCUCCAUGUUCUGUUGUCAUCCAGGAAUCAGCGAGGGGCCACUGGCAUAUUCCUAUCUUUUCGGAACACCAAUCUGAAGAGGAGAGGAUAUGGUUGUGUGUUACACGUCCCAAAUCCCUUAUCAAGAACCAUAAUCACAUAGACGGGACAGAUUCAGAAGAAGAUUCAGAAGGGGAUAUAAAAGAUGAACGGCAACAUGGAAGCUCAAAUUCGCGUCAUUCACAUCAGGUGAAGUCUUCUGUAGCUUCUACUAGCAAAAAAGAAUCAGAAGAACUAGUUCCUGUGAAUCACGGAGAUCUUGAAAACACACUUUCAGAAUCCACAUCUUCAAAAUUAGACAAUAUACCCAUUUUGAAUUCUAUAAAAGCUGCUGAGAAGCUUGGUCAGUGUGUGCUCGAUUUUGAGAUUUGACGUGGUACAACUUAAUUUAGAUUUGGAGAACUGCUGAAGGUUUGCAAACAAGGAUUUUUCGAUUUGGAAGCGCAUAACACCAGAUGCUGUGCUAACUUGAGAUUUAUACAAGUCCUGACUCAUGAUUGAAGCCCCGCACAUUCCAGGUUAUUAUCCAGUGGUCAAGACAAUUCGGAGCUUAAAAGAUGGUAUCUUGGUGUGAUUACAUGAGUUAGCUCAAAGGGUUGUCCUGCAUCUGUUCUUUUUCUAUCAAUUUAUUUGACAGAGUUAGUUGGUUUUCUCUCCUUUCUAUAUGGUACGGGAAAAUUCAAAAAUCAAAAAUAGAGGUAGCUAGUGUGCUGGUUUGUGAGUUAUGACUGACCCACCCUUUUAGGAUCAGCCAGACAUGGUCCUGCCCAAAUUUGAAUCAGCUUAGGCCAGCUCUCAUGUAGUGCAUUUGAUGAGCCCGCUUUAGGCGAAGCUUGAUUAAUUCUGCUUUUUUUUUUUAAUUUUUUUUUUUUUUUUUUUCUUAAGAUUAGGUAUUUGAAAUAAUAAUCUAGAAAUAUUGGUCUUGCAUGGACCAUCCCAUCCAUAAACCUAGAGGGUCCAGCUUGGUCUGAACUAGUCAUGGACCAGCCUCUAGCUGCCUCUACUUGACCAUACGCGUGAAAUGUAAGAUUUCCUCUGUUCCACUGUAUUGAUACGCUAUUCUUUAAAAGCUAUUACAGCCAUUAUCGGUAGUAAAUAGUGAAAAUUGUGAUGAAUACAUUAGAAGAUAUAUGAUCAUGCUUGUUCUAUUCUAA